AUGCCCGUCGUUACCAGCAAGAUACCAGAUGCACCCAUAAGCACAUUAUCCGCGGAGGAGAAAGCAGAGCAGGAGUUUGGAUCCUUGUCUUCUCCUGACUGGUUGUACGUGUCUCAGUUCAAUUCGAAGGAGCCUCUGCCAGAGCCGGUAGCUGACGAACCUCCAUAUUACGUGUUGAUCGCAACAUAUCUGAAUUACCUUAUUCUUAUUAUCAUUGGCCAUGUGAGAGAUUACUUCGGCAAAAUUUUUGUGCCUGAGGAAUUUGAAGCAGUUAUGGAGAAAGACGGAUAUGCCCCAUGGUACUCCAACUUUGAGAGUUUCUACCCUCGUCGUUUGAAGAAGAGACUGGACGAUUGUUUCGCACGUCCAUGCCACGGAGCACCUGGAAGGUUCAUCAAACUGUUCAACAGAACGUCUCCGGAUUACAACACGACGUUUGAAUACGAUGGAACGUCCACUCCGUGCUUGAACCUUAGUUCAUAUAACUAUCUUGGAUUUGCCCAAUCUGUGGGAACCUGCACUGACAAUUCAGCCCGUGCCAUAGACGAGUACGGAGUCUCGUCAUGUGGCCCAAGACUUACGGGUGGAUCUACAGACCUCCAUGCCAAGUGCGAGAGGGUCGUUGCUGAUUUCCUGGGAAAAGACGAUUCCUUAGUGUUUUCCAUGGGGUAUGGAACCAAUGCCAGUCUGUUUACGUCUUUGGUGAACUCGAAAUGUCUCGUGAUCUCCGAUUCGUUGAACCACGGGUCCAUCAGAUUCGGUGUGAGACUUGCAGGUGCCACGGUGAAGGUGUUUCCCCACAACGAUAUGGACAAACUCGAGAAAAUCCUCAAAAACGCCAUUUCCCAGGGCCAACCUAAGACUCAUAGACCAUGGCGGAAGAUCCUGGUUGCUGUUGAAGGGCUUUACUCGAUGGAGGGUAACCUGUGCAACUUGCCAGCACUGGUGGAGCUCAGGGAGAAGUACAAGUUCUAUCUUUUCGUUGAUGAAGCGCAUUCAAUUGGUGCUCUGGGACCUAACGGUAAAGGUGUCUGUGAUUAUUUCAACGUGGAUCCUUCCAAAGUUGAUCUGCUGAUGGGCACGCUGACGAAGUCAUUUGGUGCUACUGGUGGUUACGUGGCUGCUAGUCAGGAGAUCAUUGACAGACUGAGAGUUGAUAUCACCACAAACACAUACGGUGAGUCGACUCCACCGGCUGUUCUGGAGCAAAUCAUCACCUCGAUCGGAAUUAUCAAUGGUGACUUGAAUGGCAACGAGGGAAAGGAGAGACUCCAAAGAAUUGCUUUCAACUCAAGAUAUCUCAGGCUCGGAUUGAAGAGACUAGGGUUCAUCGUGUAUGGUGCUGACGAUUCUCCAGUGGUUCCUCUACUAACGUACCUUCCACCAAGGAUGCCGGCCUUCAGCAGAAUGAUGUUGGAGAAGAAGGUGGCAGUUGUCGUUACUGGUUACCCUGCCACAGACCUUGCCACUUCAAGAGUCCGUUACUGUGUUUCUGCCGCUUUGAAGAAGGAAGACAUAGACUACAUCCUGCGGGCUUCUGACGAGAUCGGAGAGAGACUGUUCCUCAAGUUCAGCACUGGAGUGGGCGGUGGAGGAAAGAACCCCGGCGACUAUGAGAAGGGUAUCAAGCCCAGAUGGACCAUCGAGGAAGUUUUAGAGAAAACUCCUUACGAUUGCAAACAACCUAUGUACUAA